GCGCCAUGGCCUCGCUCGGCUCGGCCUCUGCGUACCGCGCUGAACGCAUUGGCGCCUACGGCCAGGGGCAUGGCGAGCCCCACUUCGAGGGCGACCGGCGGCACGGCCCCUUCAGGGCGCGGGCACACGAGGCCUUUGGGUACCCAGGGUCCCCGGGCGCCUUGUACCCCUGCAGCCUGGGCACCUGGGUGCGUGCCCAGGGUGACACCUACCAGGUGGUGGCCGACGUCAGCCAGUUCGAGCCCCCCGACAUCGUGGUGACCACCUCCAACUGCCACGUCGCCAUCCAGGCUGAGAAGGUGGCCGAGGAUGGCACUGUCUGUGACACCUUCACCCACAAGUGCCAGCUGCCCGAGGACACAGACCCGCUGUCGGUGACCUGCGCCCUCACCGAGGCCGGCACACUGGUGAUCACCGCCCGGCGCCGUGCCGGUGCCCGCCCUGGCGAGCCUCCGCAGCCACUGUACCGCAGCGAGGCCACGCUGUGAACUGGCACUGGGUAAAGAAAAGCUUCUUGCCCCAAGUGAUGCCAAUCCUGGUGCUGUGGCUCGGCUCGGCCGGUGCCUGCUGGCUGUGCCCCCUCCCCACCUCCGUCCGCUCAGCACUCUGGCUCUGUUUAUAAAGUCCUUUUAUUAAAUUAAUAUAAAAAUCUC